GAUUCAACCUUUCCACUCCGCUGCCCACAAAAGACACGGAGGUCCGGAUAUAUAAGGCUAAAAAAAUCUGGCUCUCCAGUGCAAGUCGUAUCACUCCUCAGAUAAGAUGCUGGCAGUCAUCAUUCUCGGUGUCAUCGGCGCUGCGGCAGCCCAGGACGAUUUCUUCGAGACCUAUGGCUACACGAAGGCCAUUGCAAAUUGCCUCGGAGAUGACAUAUAUUACGGCUACUUGGGAGAAGUAGCUAGCGCAGAGAGGCAGUGUAAUGGUUACCAGCCCAACUUCGGGAAUAUACUACCUACAUCACCUACCUUCACGGCCAUUGUGAACACGCUGGGAGUCCCCGGUGCCUUCCCGACGGGGUCAUUCCCGGGGCAGGUUUACUACGCAGGACUUCAGCCUCCAACCGUCGCCGGCAAGAAGAAGCGUCAGGCCGGCCAGGGUCCCAUCUUCGACGCCGUGGCUCUCUCGGACGCCAUCGGCAAAGUCCAAACAGCCAUCGGGAACUUCACUUGCGUUCUGAGGCUCCUUAAUGUGAUCGACGAUAAUUUCAACAUCAACUACCAACAAUCCGUCAACAUCUACAACACAGUGGUUCGUGACCCCAACCUCAGGAACGACCUCAUUACCGGAAUCUCAUUCUGCAGGGACUUCUCGACUUGCCUCCCCGUGGAGAAGCUCGGGUCGCCCAUCCCCGUCCAGCUGCAGCGCAUCAUGGCCUUCGUGAAGUGCGAGAGGAGAACCCGCCUCGCUGCCUGCUUCAAGCACGACCUGCGCAGAAACAUCAACCAGUUCGACCUGUCCGUCCUCCCCAGCGGCGGCGGCGGCGUCCGACCCGAUGUGAUUGGGCAGCUCAUGACCAUUCUGAUUGGUUCCGAAUCCACGGACGAUCUCCGGCUCUACUGAGAAUCACGAGGGAUGAGGGAGGGAUCCGCGGCGUGACGGAGCUGCGGGUUGUCGGGAGGAGGCCUCUGGGCCGCUUUGCCCGGCUUCCUUUGCCUUCUUCCUCUGCUGUUGGUCAUUGUUCACAGGUCCGUCCCUUCUGAAAGAUAGUCCUACAGAAUUAUGAAAAGAGAAAGGCGCACGGCUCUCUGAACCUGAU